UAGAGUGGGGUCUAUGUCUGAGCGGCAGAUUUGGCGGCUACAGGUCAUUGGCUUCUUGCCUGUAGCCUCCAUCUGCCGCAUUCGCUACAUUGCUCUCUAGUCCCUCUGUUCACUUUUUUUUGCAUACAGAUACACCUGUCUUAGCAGGGUCACGAAGUUUUCCCUUCAUAAUCCAGUAUUUAUAGCUCCCUUUUAACUAGCCUUCUUCCACAGCAUGCCACGUCUCAUGGUUAACCCUUACACCCAGGCGUGUCCCGACCACAGCACCGACGAGUGGGCCGCCAUGCGGACAGCUUUAGUCUCCGCCGAGCAUAACUCAGAAGAAGUGGUAAUCGAGCACUUGAAGGACAUAUGGAACAGAGGAAACCAGAAAGAAAGAGAGAAAUGGGAUCAGCAGGUGGCAAGUGAUGCCGCAUGCGAAUGCCAGCAGCAACAGCGACAAUGCCCUCCUGGUCAACAACAACCUCUCAGUCAACAACAACCUCCCGAUCAGCGACAGCCUCCAGGGCCACAGCAACCUCCCACUCAACAGCAGCCUCCUGCUCAGCAAGAGCCAGACAAUCAGGCUCUUGGCGGCGCACCGCUCCCAGAAGACCCAGUGGAUGAAGACCAGCCCCUGCGCGUCGCUUUCAUCCAACUGACCACUAAGACCGGGCGAAUCCCCACAGUUAACCAGUCUGCAAAGCCUCCUGAUUUCGCUGACCAGGCGCCGGCUCAAGUCGCCAUUGACAAACUGUCGCAAAUGAAGUUUUUUCUCCUCUGGUAUUUCACUGCUGAAGGGUGUGCAGAAGCCGAGAGCAGCCAACGCGCUUACUCUGACCAGGCCUUCGACAUCAUACGAAGAGGCGACACUAUCGCCCUGCUUUUCCAAUCCGACGUUCAGCCAUCCAAGAAAAUUUCUCGAGAUGAAGACCUAUCAUGGUCGCAGGUAUACUCCGCGAAACCCCUAAUGAUUCGAUACAUGACUAAGGUUAUGGGGACUCUCGUCCGACCCUAGGGCUGACGUAGGGUCGGGCGCCUAGGGCCCAGGGUUGGGCGGCUGUGGGCCAGGGUUGGGCGUCUGUGGGCCAGGGUUGGGCGGCUAGAGGGCAGGGUUGGGCGGCUAGGGGGCAGGGUUGGGCAUCUGUGGGGCAGGGUCGGUGGUUGUGGGCAGGGGCAUAUGGACGUCGGUGGUGUGAGGCGAGCGUUCCGUCCAGGACGGAAAGAGAGAGCGGCAGACAUGGGUGGGAGAAGCGCCGAAGAGAUGGGUGCAGAGAUUCCCUCCUGGACGGAAUUCUGUGGAGAUGGAUGUAAAUGCAGUGAGAACGGGAUUCCGGUGGGGCUGGGUGCAUACAUUCCGUCUUGGAGGGAAUUCUGUGUGCAUGAGGUUACUGUUUAUUGGAUGAUGAGAAUGCCGUUGAUCUAAAUUGACAUGCGGCAGUUGCGAGUGAGAAAAAAUGUGACGAAGAUGGAAUAGACCGAAUGAAGGAAGGAUGUGAUGAUGGGCGAGGAGAUUAGCAGUGGAGUGUAAAUGAGGUGAAGAGGAUCUAGGCUAAACGUGAAUGAUGGAAGGGAUAUAUUGGAUGUAUUCUAGGCUACAUUGAUGACAGCGUACGUGAAGAAGACUAGAGUAUUUGAAGAAAGUGACGGCAGACAAUAUGUGAAGAGAAGGAGAG